CACCGAGAGUCCUGGUACCCCUGGCAGUGUGUUGCGCACGGUAAAAGCCCGCAAUGCCGUCGCGGUCCAUGUUACCUCUGUCCGAAGGAAGGAACCUCGGGAACGGAACAUGUUUGAUAAACCAAACAACAAAGCGUUUGCUGUCGUUGCCCACUUCUUGUUUGCCAAGCUGGAUAAGGACCGUGCGGAAGAAACUUUUCAUUGUCCAUUGCCAGAAGGAGCCACUCAAUUUAGGAAGCAGUGCUGUGACUGGCUAAGAGAACUUUCAAAUGAUGAGAAAAGCAAUAUUCCAAAGAUUACACCUUCAUCACUGAUUUCUCCUGUUGGUGCUAAAUUUGUUCACACUCUCUACAAGCUUGCAAGAUAUGUAAUGAUUGAGGAUGUGAAAAAGUUCUCUGUGGGCACUUGUAUACCAUUUGCUGAAGCUGUAACAUUGAGACCUGAGGACAUGUACAUUGCAAAAGCAAGACAUAGAGUUGGAUACAAUAAACUGCUGCAAAUUCUUCAAAAGACAGACAUUGUUAUUCAAGAAUAUGUGAAAAAAGCACAGGUUUUAAUUAAAGAAAUAGAAGAGACAAAGUCUGAAUAUGCAGUCAUGCAGAGACAGUAUUCAAGGAUGAAACAAAAUGACCAAAACAAAAGUGACACAACUGAGAGAAUUGAAAAGGUCCGCCGUAUGUGGACACUUAUAAUGGAAAUGCUUACAUCUCUGAAAAAGGAUAAGGAAGUUGUGGAUUCUGUACUUGAAACUUGUGUUCAGCCGUGUAUUUUAGAUGGAAGUGAUGUUGUUUUGAGAGUUCCAAAGUUGUUGGCUUACAAAAUUGAAAAUGACAGCAGUUUUUCAGGAAAUAUAUAUGAGGAUGGAAAAUUGGAUUUCUUAGCAGUCAUUCAUGUGCUAAAUGAAGGCUUGAGGAUGUUGAGAAAUGAACACUGUCUGUCUGAAUUAAAAGAACUUCACAGGAUUGAGAACAUGGUUAAAACCUGCAAUAAAUUACUACAGGAUUUGAACACAGAGAGGCUAGAAGGAGAGCAACAAGGUGUGUCAGUGUGUGAAUCUAUUUCUAGAAAGGAGGAAGACUGGGAAAUGAAGUGGAAAACAUUUCUUGGCCAGCAUCCUUUUAAUUUAAUCUUUAAAGAGGAUCUAGAACCUAGUUCAACAGCUUCACCACCCCAAUCUCCUAGUCCUCCAGAAGAAGAUGAAGACAAUGUCUUCCAUCAACAUCUAGUGCCAGUUUCAGAUACUUUUGACUCUCUUCAUAAAGAACAUUGUGAGAAAGAUGAGGGAGCUUUGGACUCUAUGAUGGAUAAGUCAUCAAAAUGUGACGUCGUACAGCAUAGAUUUUUGUCUUCUUCCGAUUCUGCAGACAGGAUCUCUUCAGUGAUGUUGGCAGUACCUGAAAACAGAGACGUCAUGAUCAAAAAUCAUUUGCAUACAGAAACUUGUGAGGGAAAUAAAAAACCUGUGCCUCUGCAAAUCCUAAAAAAUGGAAAGGAAGAAAUGCGAGAGAGUUCAAAUAAGGAUAUUGCCUUGACAGAGUGUCCUGUGGAAAAAGAAGACCUUCUUGAGAAAGCCAGAGAUGAACUGGCAGAAGAGGUUGCAAAGGCUGUGAUGUCUGAGUCACGUGGCAUUGCUGAAGAAAAAGGAAUGUCAUUAGAUGAUCUCAUAAGCUCACUGUGUUUUAACCCAUUUUUAACAAGGAGAGAAAUUCCCCGAACUCCAGAAAAGCUGUGUAAGAACAGUUGAAUGAGAAGCUGGGCACCAAGGAGCCAUCACCAGGAUAGAAUACGUAAAGCAGAAGCAGAAGCAUUGUAGCGCAAUUAUGGUUCACUUGACCAAGUAUCUUCUCCAGUCAUUGUGCGGAUGGAGAAGUUGCACUGCUUUCUUUUUUGUGGAGAUUGUAUUCCAGCCUCCUUGUCUAAGAGUGUCAGUUGUCUGCUCUGGUUCUGCUAACUUCAUGUCAUCCAUGGUGACAUUGUAUAUGCACACAUCUCUUUACAGAACUGUCUUUUCUUUUUUAAACAUAUUAAAAAUAGCAGAUAUCGAGUAAGUGGCAAAAUCCUAGAAAAUGGAAAAAUGAAAUCUCAGAUGAGAAAUAGUGAGAUCUGUGGUGUUUCUAUCUUGCUCCUAAUGCAUACCGCAUAGGCCUGCAGCCCUCAAAACCCAACAAAUUCAAAUUUAGAUUGGUGCUUUACAUUCUGUUGCAUUUGUCUCUCUUCCUGAGAGUUCUGGUCUAUAUUGCCACGAAUUCUGCCUCUUAAUAGAGGCUGUUCUCUUCUUACAAACUUCCACUGGAGUGUAUUACUUAAGGUGUAUUACUGAAUAAAUACUUUACACUAAUGUUACAAAAAUUUAUGACUUGUGAUAAUUUUAAUGCAACUUUAUUUUAAGAACUGACAUAUAUAUGUUACAUCGUGAUGUGAGUAACUGAUAAUAGAGCCUUUGAUAAGGUGAGAAUGUAAAAACUGAGAUUCCAGCAGGUAAACUUCUUAAUGUAAAAGUACUAACCCCUACCCUGAUAUGUUUAGUGUUUGGAAGCAUUUUCAAAUAAAGUUGUCUUUCUUCUCCUUUCUUCCCAAACAGUUGCAUUAGGUUUUAAGAAGAAUUUCCACCUGUAUUUGCCAUCUUCCUUAUGUGGCAAAAGUUGACAAGCUUUAUGAAAAGACAUAUUGGUGGUUGAGGAAGCUGUUAUGUGUGUAAUGUGGCUGUGUACAUGUUAACAGAUAAGAGGGAAGUGCUGCUUAAUAGCCUAUUGACAUGUUGACCAUGGUGAGACUGAGUUUGCUGAUCUGCAGGUCUGAUGAUUGGCAGGUGGGGGUCAGUGUCUUCUCCCAGGUAACAGGUGAGAGGAUGAGAGGAAAUGGCUUCAAGUUGCACCAAGGAAGGUUUAGGUAUUAGGAAAAAAUUCUUCAUGGUAAGGAUUGUAAAGUAUCGGGACAGGCUACCCACAGAAGUGGUGAGGUCACUAUCCCUGAAAGAGUUCAAAAACUUCAGAAAGAACAUGGCACUUGAGUACAUGUUUUAAUGGUAGGCACAGGGUUGGUGUGAGGUUGUUUGUUGGACUUGAUUAUGUUAAAGGUCUUUUCUAACCUUAAUGAUUCUGUGAUAUUGUUAUGACCUUAGCUGUUGGCUCUCUGGAACAGGCCCAGCUGUGUUUUUUACAGACCUGGGCUCUAGAGCUUGGUGCUGGUGACCUCACAAAUGUUGCCCAGGUAGCUAGAUGAGUUAGUAGAGUAGCUACAUGUAAGGAUGUGGAUAAUACCUUGAGCAUGGCCUGUCUUAACAAAAAUCAAACUGUAUUUUGGGUUACUACAACAUUGACAAUUCAGGAUUAAAAAGUGACAGCUAAGAGUUUCCUAUGAACAACUGACCUUCACAGUCCAAGUUAUAUGUAUGAAAGCAGAAUCUUUACUCCUUACAGUUAAGUACAACACUAUGGUCUUUGCAUUAUAAGUAAUAGCUCACCUGUACACUGGUUUGUUUCUGAUACUUAGGUAAUUUUUGGUUAGGCUUAUAUCAGAAGGCCAUCAUAAUUAGAUUAAAAUUCUGGAUUAAAUUCUCUUGUAGAGCAAUGAUUUACUGAUUAGCAAGGGGAAGUUGAGAACAUCAGGGUGUUACCAGCAGCCACAAAUACAACUCUGUAUAUAUUUCUGUGACUUCUUUAAACCUGGAUGUUUGCUGAAGAUGAAUACAAUAUUCCUAAUGUACAGUGUUAAAUGUCUUAAGGUACCUGUGAUGAAAUACCAUUCAGAAGUUCUUGCCCAUUAAGCAUGGGGAAAUUAAGUUUCUCAUGAACCUCCUAAUCAAAAGAUUCUUCCAUUUAACUUACUAAUAAUAUGUAAUUUGGGCUUCUGAAGUUAGGUGCACUGGAUUAUCAUUAGCUGAAAGACACAGUGCAACUACCUUGCUUUACUCUCCAGAGGAGAAUAUGCCAUAAUUUUGUGCAGCACUGCAAAGCAGACAGUGUUUCACAGUUUAAGUUUGCCCAUCCUUGCCAGGCAAGUUCCAAAAGGACAGGUUUAUGAACUUCUAUGCUCCUUGGUCUCUUUUUUUACUUUGUAAGGUUAUACUAAAGUUUUCUUGCCAAAGCUUAUAAACGUUGCUCAUAAAGGUUUGAUGAAGUAUCUGGAAUAUCUUUCCUCCAAGUACAGUGAUAUUUAUUAUAUCAUGAGCAACAUGAUAGACUGAGAGAGUAGGGCCUGUUCAGCCUCAGGAAGAGAGAACUGAAAGAGGACCUCAUCAGUGUGUUCAAGCACCUGAAGGGAAGUCUCAGGAGGGUGGAGCCAGGCUCUUUUCAGUGGUGCUGAGCAACAGAACAGCAAUGGCAAUGGGCAGAAACCAGUGCACAGGAAGUUCCGCCUGAAUAUGUGAAAGAACUGCGUGGGUGAUCAUGCACUGGAACAGAUGGUCCAGAGAUGAUGUGGAACCUCCCUCACUGGUGAUUCAAGAACCAUCUGGAUGUGAUUCUGUGCCAUGUGCUGUAGGAUGACCCUGCUUGAGCAGGGAGUUUGGACCAGAUGUUCCACUGUGGUCCUUUCCAACCUGACAGAUUCUGUGAUUCUGUGAUAGUGUCAAGUACUACAGUGUUUGGUAGUACCAUAUCCAAUAAUCUGUAGUUAUGAAAAACCACAGAUUGCACUACAAUUACAUAAAGGAUAGCACAUAAACUUGCAGUCUGUCCUGUGUAUCUGCUGUCUGUACUGAACAUACAUCAGUCUAUUUUUAUUGAGAAGUAAAUCUAAAAGAACAUAUUUGAAAGUCUCUAGUUCACUGAGCGUUGAAAAAUGCAAGUACAGUUCUGUCAGUGGAUUUCUGCACAUAAUGGGAGAGAAUCAGAAGAGUAAAAUCUAGAAAACUAGUGGAUAAUGCUUUUGGAACUGACAAAAAAUCCUGACUUUAUCAAGGACUUAUGGUUUAAUGAUCUGUUGGUGUUUUCUCACAGUAUUGCAUAAGUAAAAGGGUUAAAUUAAUAUAUAUAUAUUUACACAUAAUUUCAAAAUAGAAAUUUUGAAGAAGUUUACUGAGUAGAAAAAUAGAAACACUAAAUUGUAACGCAAGUGGAUUCAGAAGAGAGUUUUUAUAAUAUCAGGUGUUCUCACUUCUUUCAGAGGCAUGAACAUGGCACUGUAGAAGCAAAAAAUGCCAAAACAUGGAGUAGAAUAUUAAAACCUUAAAUUAUUAAAAAGUGAAAAAUUGAGGACAGAUGAACACAGAAGCACAGCUGCUAUUAAAGUCAAAGAAAAAUAUUCUCAUUACAUUGUCAAAAAAUCAACUGAUUUUCAAGGAUUGUUUCCAUCAGUACCUUCUAAUAAGCAGCUGUCAAAAAUUACUGGUUUUUUCUAUUACAACUUGGAUCAGUGUUAUGAUGGCACAGAUAGUUGCUCUUGGCAGAGUUUUUAAGAUAGGUACUGGUAUAGAUGUUGUGGUUUCUGAAGUCAGAUGUGAACUUGUGACCUUCAGUCAAUUUUCUUUGCUUUUCAGGCCGUGGUGAAGCUUAUGUUUGAGUGUACCAGAAGGCCUGUAUUUCCUAUUUCCUAAGUGUCGUGGAAAGGAAAGGAGUGGCUGUAUGCAUAUGAGUACUGUAUUAUUUUUUUCAGCCUUGUAAAGCAUUCUGGAAAUUAUGCAUCUGACAUUUUUGUUGCUUGGUGUGUCAAGAGAAAUUUUCAGAGCUGCAUGUUGUAUCCCUAGUAAUGUUCAAUGCUCUGUUGACUUAUGGCAGCAUUGCCCUCUAAGUAACCUUACUGUGAGCACGUUCAUCUAAAUGUUUGAAAUGGUGGCACUCUAAAUAAUAGUUUUUCAUUUUAGUCAACUUCGGUUCAUCAAAAGCUAGUUAUGGUUGGAUUAAAUGGGUUAAGGGACUGCAAAUUGCCAUCAUCUUUCUGCUGGAUAUUCCAAGCAUCAAAACUAAAACCUCAGUGCGCUUAAGAUAAUUUCCUCCUCUGUAUUCCUUAUCGUUACCUUGGAUAAGUUGGCUGAAGAAUUUCCUGCUCAUCAUUGCAAAUAUGGGAAGUGGAAACUUGGGCAUGUGAAUUGCACAUCUCCUCUUGUAAUUAUCAUAUAUUGAUUUCUCAUGUCCCAGGACUUAUCACUUUGUGAGGAACAUUUCCCAGCUGCAUAUGCUUUGGGCAAAGAGCAGGCAAGUGUGAAGAGUAGCUGGUAGGAGAAAUGGGUGGAGUGGUGUCUAUUUAUAACAUAACCUGAUUUUGCCUAUUCAGUAUCAAAUUCUGCCUUUCCUGACUUUAGUGGUGAUUUUGUCUCUCCUAUUUACAGCGCAUACACGUAGAUGGUUUCUGAAGUGUAUUUUGUUGUUGUUGUAUUGGUGUAUUUUUCCAAGUAAAAUAAUAAUUACUACUUAAUGCUGAAGGCACUUCAUCCUUUUGACAGUCACUGUCCAGAUUAUUGUACAUAUGGUGAAGGGUCACUUAAAAGGGAUUUAUGAAGAGGGUCCUUAAUCCCUGUGAGAUCACUAACCUGCUUGUUUCUCUCUAAGUAAUUACUGCACCAGUAAUAUCACAUUGCUUUACUGUGGGAUGAAAUUCAAAGAUAAGGGGAACAAUUGCAUUUGCGAUUGUUUAAUGUCCUAACUUUUCACCAGAAGGUGGCAGCAGGCUGAUGUUAGUCACAAAUAUUUCAACUGCUUACUGUUGGAUAAACAUAGAGGUACUGGGCUAAAUACCUGGAACUGAAUUUACCGUAGCUCAUGGUGAGAAACUCGGCAUUACAAAGCAUUGCAUGUCAAGCUGUUUUGUGGGUUUGUAGGCCUGGCUGGCUACUGGCCUGCAAGUCCCCUGCAAGUCCUGGCCAUUGUCCUUCAGCGAUGUCAUUUCACUUGACAUUUUUUCAAGACCAUUUAUUUUGGAAGAAAAAUCAAAGCAGGUAGAACUGUUGCUUAAAGAAGUUUGAAUUGUUACACAUUGUAUUUCAGUUAAAGAAAAUGUUUCAUUCUGUUCUUAGAAUUAAUUUUCCUGGCAAUAAACUUCAAUUAAACAUGA